AUGGCUGCGACACUACCCCCCGUCAAAGAACGGAAACCUAUCAAGGACCUCCAAAAGGUCUUCCACUACUCCGAUACACAGUCCCGAAAACCGACUCGCGACAAUGACCCUUACGAAUACCAAGCUGGAUGGGGUAACCGUUUCCAGUCCGAGGUGAUCMCAGGCACACUACCUGCUGGCCAAAACAAUCCGCAAGAGGUCCGCUUUGGCUUGUAUACAGAGGGUAUCACGUACUCUGCAUUUGCUGCUCCUCGUCAUGCCAACUUUAGCACUUAUAUGUACCGUGUACGUCCGGCAGCUGCUCAUAGUGGCUACACAACCAACGUUGAGACCAAAGCACACAUUGAGAAUUGCUUCCUCUCCAUCAACCCCAAAGUAGAGAUACUCGCCGAACAAGCCGAAUGGGCACCGUUCCCCCUCCCUCCUGAAACCGAAACUAUUGACUUUGUCGACGGCUUACACACACUUGGGGGUAGCGGUGAUCCAAACCUCCGCGAGGGUAUUGCGUUGUAUGUCUUUAUGAUCAAUGCUAGUAUGGAUCAUCGUGCCUUCUGUAACCUCGAUGGAGACUUCCUACUAGUUGCACAACACGGCAAUCUCGAUAUCCAGACGGAGUUUGGCAAGAUUUUCUUACAGCCGGGGGAGAUCUGCGUAAUUCAACGAGGUGUGCGGUUUGCUAUUCGACUUGGACCAGGACAUAAGGAGGCCCGGGGCUACAUCACGGAGAUCUGGGGUUCGAUAUGGGAGCUGCCUGAUCUGGGACCUCUGGGAGGUCAUGGUUUAGCCAAUCCUCGUGACUUUUUGUACCCUGUUGCAUGCAUUGAUGAUAAUUUGCAUGAGAACUGGACUAUCGUCAACAAGUCGAAUGGGAAGUAUCAUUCCAUUGCACAAGAUCAUACACCAUUCGACUUGGUGGCGUGGCAUGGCAAUGUCGUUCCAUACAAGUACGACCUGACGAAAUUCUCAUCCCAAAACUCAACCUCCAUUGACCACACUGACCCUUCAGUCAACUGCGUCCUUACAGCCAAGUCCCGUGACCCAAACACAUCGUUAGUCGACUUCCUCUGGUUCGGACCUCGCUGGGACGUCGCAUCAAACACAUUUCGGCUACCAUACUUCCAUCGCAACUCAGCUACGGAGUUUUUGGCGAGUCUGUAUGGUAAUGGGCUGGGUCGUUCUGAUGAUUUCUUGCCUGGUGGUGGUAGUGUGGAAGUUAGCCAUACGCCUCAUGGAGGUUUUAGUGAGGGCUAUCAAUUUGAGAUGCGUGUUCAGGAGAAUGAGCCUCGGCGGAUUCUUGAGAAUCAAAUGACUAUCAUGGUUGAAAGUAGUCGUAGCUUCCUCUUUACAGAAUAUGCCCGGGGCGGAUGCGGCACUUUCCACAAUCAAGGAACAGACCCUAAAGUCUGGGACGUCCUCCCGGACAAAUUCUCCGCCUAUCCCGGCAUCCAAGAAAUUCUGGCCCAGGUCAAGGCCGAUAAAGCAGCCCGGAAGGAGCGUCAAGAAAUUUACUAUAAUGACGACAGACUCGCCGAGCUGAUCAAGCCAGUUCAGAGCCAGACAAACAACAGCGACAUCGGUGUCGAGAUGAAGAAUAGCGUUGUUGAAUCCGUUGUCCCUACUGCAGAUGUUAAUGGAACUGCUACAAUCGAACCAAUUAGGCAUAUACAAAAUGCAAAUGGCCCCACAAGUGUCAACAGCGCUGCAAAGAACACCACAGCAGCGACUACAACGACAACACCCCCGGUUACAGCUGCUGAUGCUGUCGGUUCUAUAACGGUUGUUACGCCAAUAAAUACGGGUGCCUCUAAUCUGGCCGCUAACCUCCAGAUUCCGGCCGAUCCUAAUAAUAUACAAGAAGAACAACAGCGCAUGUCGCUAGUCAAUAUACACUCAUCUACUGCGAGCCACCAAGACAAUGACGCACAACAUCACUUUAUCAAUACUACCACUGGUCCUAGACCGGCCAACAACAGAACUUCUGUCCCCGUUUUUCCGCCAACCCCGAGAGACGUGCAGAUUACGCCUCCAGGUGGACUAUCGUCUAACCUAGACUUCCUCGCAGAUAUCUCCGCACACCAACCCCGUACGGAACCGGAGAUUAACGCGAUGAUGAUGGACGAACAAAAUCCAGCUUACUUUGGCUGGGAGGAUGUUUCCGCCCUCGAGACUGUCGAGCAGCAACAGCAAGCCCAACGUCCAAUUACCUUUGAUCCGAUGCCAAAUGAGAUGCUGCAGCUGUGGCUGGAACCACGAGCAGAUAGCGUAUCGCAUCACAGUUCCUCGAUUGAUUUUAUGAGGAAUAUGAAUUUCAUAGAGGAGAAUUUUAUAUCUCCCGGAAGACGUGAUAGUCGCUCAAUAGAUCCCAACAAGGCUACCGAUGAUAUCCCCAAUGAGCGCUUUACACGUGUUGAGCGCACUUGGGUGGCGCCUGCCAACUUGGUGGGACGAUUGAUCAAUAACCUCUGGCAAGAUGUUUCGUGUUAUGAAUCCGAUAAUCUCUUUUCAGUCCCGCAAUGGCAAUCCUUGAGUCCGUCAACCGGCAACUAUCCCGGAAGUAGGUUUGGUCUGGAUGAAGAGUGCAGGUCGCAGCUCCAGCAUGCCUUUGGCUUGUCGCCUGCUUCUAUUGCAAGUAUCAAUUCCGCCACACCUAAUGACGUUUUAUCUCCAACGGCAUCGACGACAGGUUCAGGAUCAAUUCCGACCUUUCCACCAGCUGAGAUUCUCGAUAUGGCGCUUGAUCUAUAUUUCCGACACUUUCACCCUUUAGUACCGUUUGUACAUUUGCCGACCUUUUACGCCAAAAAGACCAAGACACCCCUCCUUUUCGUCAUGUGUCAGAUCGGAAUGAUCAUUUUAGGGACCAAAGGCACGACCAGCUUCGUUUCGAAGACUUUUACCUGCUCCCUGGAGAGGAUAAGUUCGGAACUAGCUAAAUGUGCUAUUGGGAAUGAGACGUCGACAGGGUUUGUUUCUACCUUCGCCGCGGCUUUGCUUAUGUUGAAUCUAGCCGCUAUGACUGGCGAAAAAUCACAUAUCCAACAAUCUCAGAUGCUUUACAUCAAUCUCAUGUCGAUCGCCCAACGACAUGGACUUUUCACUGCUGGUGAAGGUCAAUCGGUAGACAUGUCUCUAUUUGAGGCUGUCCCAGACCUUGAGAUGAGGUGGAAAGCAUGGAGUAGGGUAGAGUCAACAAAACGUCUCAUUGUCGGGCUUUUAUUGCUUGACUCGUGGUUUUCGUCAUUCCUCUCGACAAGCCCGAUCAUUACACCAGAUUCAGUACAAAUUGUGCUUCCAUGCCAUGAAUCACUUUUCCAGGCCAAUUCUUCAUCCCGCUGGAUGCAACAUAUUCGCGGCGGUAAACGGAUUAUUACUUCCAUGGUCAAGUCGCCAAACGAAACUACCGCCCUACCAGUGCUCGAUGUUCCAGUUGAUGAGUUUUGUAUGCACGCGCUGCUGGCGAUGCUUCAAUUGCGUCUGUCAGAGGCAUACCACCGUAUUCUUUUCAAGCGACCCAGCUACCCGUUCGCUCCCUGCCACACAUAUGCCAUAGAUGGUCGAGCGCGAUGUUUGACAUCACUACAAGUGCAACUCAUGAACACAUACAGCGAAUCGCUAUCACGCAUGAAUCCGAAUUGCAUCAUCAUGUGGCAUCAUAUGUGCAUGGAUCUGACAGCUGACAUCCAAAAUUUCGAACUAGCUGCUGGCCGAAACGGGGCAGGUCCCGCUCGCAAGGCUCUCGACGAUAUUACAGCUUGGACCCAAACACCCGCAGCACGUCGCGCCUGUCUACAUGCAGCACAAAUCUUUAAGGCAAUCUCGAACCGUAGGGCAUCCGAUGAUAUCAUGUUCCACUCUGUCCACGCACUAUUCUCGGCUGCUCUCAUACUAGGACUGUACAUCUAUAUGGUCCCACGCGCCGCCGAAACACAAGCAGGCGCCACCUCAAUCGAACUGUUGGAUGACAUUGACUGGCAACAAGUCGGCACAGAAGGAUUCGCAAGUUUCAUGGAGCCGCAUGGCAGUCCGUCAUCGAGAACAAUGGACGAUCAAGCGAUUAACUUCAUUCGUCAUGGUGGAACGAUCUAUGUUCGCGGUGUUCCGCAUCAGGGCGGUUAUCAAUCUGCGCGGCGCAUAUUUCUGGAUUAUGGUGGCUUGCUCAAGGAUACGGGGAAAUGGAGUGUGCGCAAGUUCUCUUACGUGCUUCAUAUUAUGAGUGAUGUUUUGAUGGAUGUUGAUUGA